AUGGAAGCCAUCAUUGAUCACUUCCUUACAUCAUGGGUACCUACCAAAUUGCCAACAUCAACUUCAAUAAGCUCAAUAGACCCCACAAACAUACCAGGUUUACUGUCGACAGCGGAGAUAUUAAGACAAGAAGUCGCCACGCAAACGAAUUCAAUUUCGCUUUACUUUCUUUCAAAAGAAGCAAGAGCCGCCGCUGCAUCGUAUACAAUAUUGAGUGACCAACAAGUAUUGGCAUCUGCAUCAUCCUUGCUAAAUGCUGCUAGGGUGACAAACACAGCAACGCCAACCUUUGAUAUUGAUUUGGCACAAAUAACUCAAGAGUUGUUUAACUCGACAUUGUUAUUAAAGAAGCUAGAGUGGGAUGCAAAUUUGUACGCAAUCCAUUUAUCAGUACCGGGAAAUUUGCUAUUUGCUAUAUUGUUCUUUAUAAUAUUGUUGUUGCAGUUAUAUAUUGGUCUCAUACGAGGUAGGACAAGGUAUUUCACUGGCUGUUUGUUUUGUGGAUGUGGGUUGGAAAUGGCAGGUUAUAUUGCAAGAGCUAUUGGGCAUUAUUAUUGGUCAAAUACAAAUAUCUACUUGUGUCAAAUUAUCUCACUCACCAUUGGACCUGCAUUCAUUAUGGCAGGAAUUUACUAUCUAUUGACGCAGUUGAUUAUCAUCCACGGAAGAGCGCAAUUUAGCAUUCUACGACCAAAUUACAUAUCGUGGAUUUUCAUUUGCUGUGACAUAUGCAGCUUGGUUAUUCAAGCUGCAGGUGGUGCGACUGCUGCUGUCAAGCUCCGCUUGUUUGAGGAUACCAAGAGCGGUACUUACGUUAUGGUUGGUGGAAUCGCAUUUCAAGUUGUCUCAAUGAGUUUGUUUCUCAGUUUGUUGCUCAAUUUCAUGUAUCGCAUAUACUUCAAAUCGGCAGGAUUAAAGUUCAAUAUCUUCAUAUUUUGUCAUCUACUACUCAACACCAAACGUGGUCAAAAUAUAAGGCUAGAUUGCAACUACGAACGAAUAUAUGACCCGUCGUUUCAAAACAUCAGACUGCGACCGCUAUUCAAUUACCUCCCUUUGGCAAUUAUCACGGCUUCGAUUUUCAUUUAUAUCCGAUGUAUUUAUCGAGUUGCUGAACUAUCAGAAGGUUGGAGAGGUUAUUUAAUCACCCACGAAGCGUUUAUUUUAACAUUGGAUGCUUCAAUGGUUUUUCUUAGCUGCCUUGUAUUUAUCCCAUUCCACCCAGUAUUAGUCUUUGGAAAAGAUGUUCAUAUUUCUAUUCGCCAAACUUUUGGAGCUUACAAUGAGUUCGAUCAGGCUCCAACUGCUGCUUUAAAGGAGGAAUGCUUUAACCAAAGUAGCGAUUCAUUGAAUGAGAAAUACUCAUAUGGUGCUGGUGCAAGUUUCAACAGAAGUUCUGCAUCGCCGGGGUUGAAUAGUUGUGGUGGUCAAAAGUAUUAUAAUCCGUAUUUGUCCCCGGCUCGGUUUGCCAACUACAAGUCUGAAAGUUCGAUCCAAAACAAGGGGGCGAGUGCAGGAUUUAGAUAA